ACAGGUGUGUUUGGUCGUUCGCGGACACUGCCCGAGUCAGUACAAGUUUAGCCGUUGACCAUGGUAGAUAGAUUUUACAGUUUGAAGAAUAUUGAAGCUGUAGCUUUUACAUUUUGAUGUGUUGUCGUCGUUGAAACGUGUUUUUAGACAUGGCUGAAGUUAUAGAAACUGCCGCAAAUAUUCUAGUGAACGCAACUGAAAAUGACACCGUUACAAUUCCCAAUCUGUACAAUUUUGGAGAAAGUGAUGGCACAUUCAUCAUACUGUGUUCCUUCCUCUUGGUGGCUCUACAGACUGGAUUUGCGCUACUGGAGUCAGGAUGUGUGAAUGCCAACAAUGAAGUGGAUAUGAUGCUUAGAAAUGUGGUGGAUAUAGUGCUGGGUGGCUUAUCGUUUUGGUUGUUCGGAUAUGCGUUCAUGCUCGGGCGCAGUGACUAUAAAAAUCCAUUCAUUGGUUUGGGAGAUUUUCUAACGGAUCCUGCAACGCAUGAUCCAUUGAUGGGUCAAAUUCUGGCGGUAUAUCUGUUCCAAAUGACCUUUUCCGCAUCAGCGACUACCAUCGUUGGAGGGGCCGUAGCAGAAAGAUGCAACUUCAAAGCCUACUGUUUGUUUUCGUUCCUCAAUACCAUCGUUUACUGUAUUCCUGCCGGUUGGGUAUGGGGUGAGCAUGGAUUUCUGAGUAACCUUGGAGUAGUGGACAUUGCCGGGAGUGGACCGGUGCAUCUGAUUGGAGGAUCAUCGGCAUUUGCAUCGGCUGUGAUGCUGGGACCGCGUUUGGGACGUUAUGCCAAAGGAAUAGAACCACUGCCCCUGGGAAAUCCUGUGAAUGCUUGCAUGGGGCUUUUCGUUCUGUGGUGGGGAUGGCUGGCCUUCAAUUCCGGCAGUACGUAUGGCGUGAGCGGCGCUAAGUGGAUUUACGCAGCUAGAGCAGCAGUUAUGACAAUGAUGGGAUCUUUUGGCGGAGGUUGUUUCAGUAUUGUAUAUUCAAUGUCUCGCAAUGAAGGACGGAUGGAUAUUGUUGAUUUGAUAAAUGGGAUUUUGGCAUCGUUGGUGUCUGUCACAGCUGGAUGUUUCCUGUAUCAUGCUUGGGAGGCAAUCCUAAUCGGGUUGAUCGGGUCUGCUCUGUGCUGCCUGAGUAUGCCUCUGUUCGACAAAAUGGGUGUCGAUGAUCCAGUAGGUGCAAGUGCAGUUCACGGUGUUGCGGGAAUUUGGGGUGUUCUUGCCGUAGGACUAUUUGCAGAUAAUCCUAUACCACUUGGAACCACAAAUGGACGAUCCGGUUUGUUCAAGGGAGGCGGCUGGUACUUGCUAGGUGUACAGGCCCUUUCAGCACUAUGUUUAUCGUGUUGGGCUAUUUGUUCUACAUUUGCUUUGCUUUGGGUCAUCAAUAAAAUAGUUCCCAUUAGGAUGGAUCCGAACGAGGAACUUUUGGGAGCGGAUUUGAUGGAACAUCGCAUUAGACAUUCACAGAUUGGAAUAUCCAGAGCUCUCUCGGCCCUGGCGCCACUAAAGGUUGAUUUGGAUGAUGCAAAAACGGCGCCGCCAAUUGGGCGAAAUCCCGGUCACGAUCAGUGCGUGGAUGAAAUUCGUGCUGCUAGUCAAAAGUUGUACGAAUGGCGAUCGUUUAUGGAUAAAAUGUCUCCUCAAAAAAAGGUUGAGGAGCAACAGCCCGAAGCUGGUCAAGCUGAAAUUGGUAAAGGCGGUUCCUUCAAAUUGCGCAACAUAAAGAAAAAAUCCAAAAACGAUACUCAAUUUGGAAACGAUGGAAAGUACACAAACACAGCUGGCAAUAACCAAAUGUUUGUAAUAUCUGGAGCUAAUCAUAACAAUUUACCUGAGAGAAAUGAUCAAAACUUUGCUUGGAUUGAUUAAGCCGUGAAGAUAAGUUUGAUUCACUUUCAAACAUAAACAAAGCAAUAUUUGCUACGGAAUAAUAAAUGAUAUUGUUAAAAUAAA